GGCUGCACCUCUCUCUCUCCCCGCGGCUCGUUUCGUCCCGCAGCCCGAAAACAGAAGCUCCAUCCGGGGGUCCGACUCACCGAUAACCGAGCUCCCACGGCAGUCAUGGCGGCGCCGUUAGCCCACUUCGACGAGGACUGGCAGGACUUCAACGAAUUCAAGCCGUCCUCGGAGUCCGCCGAGCGGCUGGACCAGCUCAACUCGAACGUGGGCGAGCCGUCGGGCCUAGACGAUUUCUCCGACCUGGACAACAGCUUCUCCGGGGAGAUCUGCAGCUUCAAGUCGAUGGAGGACCUGGUCCACGACUUCGACGAGAAGCUCACUGUGUGUUUCCGAAACUACAACACCACGACAGAGAACAUCGCCCCGGUCAAGCCCAUCACGGAGGAUAAUUACCUGAAGGACGACGAAGUCUGGAACGCUCUGACCGACAACUACGGCAACGUGAUGCCGGUGGACUGGAAGACGUCUCACACUCGGUCCCUACACCUGCCCACCCUCAACCUCAUCCAGCACGAGAAGCUGGACAACCAGUCUCUGGACCUGUCUGACGACGAGGAGCUGAGGGAGCAGAUGGACAUGCACUCCAUCAUCGUGUCCUGCAUCAACGACGAGCCGCUGUUCACGGCCGAGCAGGUGAUAGAGGAGAUCGAGGAGAUGAUGCAGGAGUCUCCAGACCCGGACGACGAUGAGAGUCCGUCCCAGUCGGACCUGUCGAUGCUUUCUCAGGACCUCCACGCUCUGAAACGCUCCGGGUCCAACACCAGCUACGAGGACCGCCUCCGUCAGCUGUCGGUGUCGGAGCUCACCGAGACUCUGGAGGAGGUGGAGACGGCGAUCCGGCGUUUCAGCGAGGAGCUGAUUCAGGCGUUAGCGCUGAGAGAUGAACUGGAAUAUGAAAAAGAGGUGAAAAACAGCUUCAUCUCGCUGCUGAUUGACGUCCAGAACCGACAGAAGGAACACCGCGAGCUGCUGAGGAAGAAGAAGAAAAUCCGAAGUACGACCACGACGGGAUCCAACGGCCAGAGGACGGCGAGCACGCACAUCCCGGGAACGCUCCUCACUCUGGAGGGACUCUCCAAUGUCAUUCAAAAUGGCAUCCGUCAAACUUUUGGCACCACAGGAUUGGACAAACAGUAUCUCACAACGGUCAUCCCUUAUGAGAAGAAAUCAGGCUCUCCAUCUGUACAAGAUCUGGAGAUCCUCACAAAGAUUCUUCAUGCCAUGAGGGACGACAGCGAGAAGGUUCCUGCUCUCCUAACAGACUACAUCCUCAAAGCUCUGGUAUGAGAGCAGCGGAAACGAGUUCUCUGUCCCACGUAAACCCGGAGAGGAACUUCCAGAACCGACCAGCGGACCUCCAGCAAACGGUUCUGGUGACGUGGAAAAAAGAUCUAAACCUUCCUUCGUUCCUCCUUCACAUCCUAGACUUUCCUUCCUCGUUGGUAUUUUUUACUCCUGAGAUUUUAACUCUUCUUUAACGUUCUGAUGCUUGAGUCUCUGUCUGUUCUCACUGCAUGAUGCCAGUACUCAGUAUUAGCCGCCUCGCUAACGAGGCGUUUUUAACGAAUCCCGGCAGAAUCUGUGAACCUUCCUGGAGUGUCGUGGUUUCAAGCAUUACUCCUGUUUUUAUUUAUUUUUCUCCUGUAGAUUUUGCAUUAAUGAUUAAGAAGCUUGCUGAGGAUCAAAGAGCAAAACCCUUUAACUUAACGGUAGGUGCUUCUGUUAGCUGCAUGUUGGCUUUGGGUUUAUGCUCAGCUGAAUGUCAGAGGAGGGUUCUGGUUUGUUUCAAACUGCAAAAUUAGCUCCUUGCAGCUAAUGCUAACCCUGUGUCCCGCUAAACACAGUUUCUAUGAAUCUUAAGUACGUGUAGCAGGAUACAGUUAGCAUUAGCUCCCAGUAGCAUUACAAAAACACAUUUAUACAUGAACUAUUAAAAAAAAAAAAAAAUCCGUGUGACUGAAAGGAAACUCAGAAAGUAGCCUUUAGCAUCUCAAGUGUCUUUAGCAUCUCAAGUGUCUUUAGCAGGAUGCAAUUAGCAUGAGCUCCCCGCAGCUAAUGCUAACUGCGUCCGGCUAAAAACAGUCUCCAUGACUCAAGUGUGUUUUACGCGACAGAGUUAGCAUUAGCUCCCUUCAACUAAUGCUUUCUAUGAAUCUCAGGUGUAUUUAACAGCACACAGUUAGCAUUAGCUCCCUGUAAUUUUACAAAAACACAUGAUUUAUACAUGAAUUAUUUCAAAAAUUCACUCUGAAUUUGGCAGGAGUUAGAAACUGUGCUGAACAGAGUUUCUAGUGUGUUUACUAUUAGCUUCCUACAGCUAAUGCUAACUGAGUCUUUAGCUGGACUCAGUUAGGAUUAGCUGCAGGGAGUUAAAUACAGUUUCUAUGACUCUUGAGUGUGUUUAGCAGGACACAUUUAGCAUUAGGUCCCUGCAGCUUUCCAAAAACAUGAAUUAUUUAGAAAAUUCAGGCUGAAUGAAAGAAAACUCAGAAAUUAGCCUUCAGCAGGACAGUUAGCAUUAGCUGCAGGGAGCUAAUGCAUGUCAUUUUGAAAAAUUUUCAUCAUUUUAGCUAAAUUCUGAGUUAUAUUUAACAUUUUUUAAUCGUUUUAGCAAAGUUUCAUGUUACUUUGGAGCCAUAUUGAGUCUUUUAGGACACAUUUUAAGUAAUUUUGGGCCAAUUUUUGAGUCAUUUUGAAAAAUAUUUGUCACUUUGGAUACAUUUUGAGUAAUUUUGAACAAAUUUGAUGCAUUUCUUGCGGCUAAUUUCUUUGUGUGCAUCAAGUUGAGAUCAUUCCUUUAUCCUUCUUCAUUUUUAUUUGUGUGUUUUUCAACGUUAAAAUUAUUAGCUGCUUUCCUUGAUAAACAGGCUAAAAUCUAAUUAAAACCUUUUUUCUGCUGUUCUUCAAUAAAAAUAGACAAUACUUAUCAAAAAUUACUGAUACUGACUGAAAUAAAACUUUCUAUGGUGAUAAAUGUUUCUGUUAUAAAGUCCAGCCCUAAUUUAUCUUCAGUCAGACUGAAACUUUAAAUCAUGCAUGUAAAAAUCUGCUUUAUUUCGAGGUGAAAAGUGUACAUUUUAUCGCAACACUUUAACUAGAAACCCUGCAGGUUGGAACAAACCAGAAUCCUCCUUUCAAAGUGAAAUAUUUUGUACAUGAGAGAAACUUGCACAGUUCUGGGAACUUUUAACUGUUUUGAAAAAGGGAAAAAGGAGAGAAAAGGCUCCCAAAGGUUUUCUGCUGGAUGAACAAACGUGGAAAAGCAUAUUUUUGGAUAAAGUCAGAUUGUAAUGUUUUUGUAAACCUCUGAGCCCGUCUUCAUCCCCUCAUUUCACGCCGAUACCUCACGUGUCUCGUUGAGCCGCCGUUAGCCAGCUAGUCGUGUCGUGGUUUCCAUUAGCUCGUUAGCGUAUAGGGAACUCGUGGUAGCACUUUACUCCAUUGUAGGUGAGUUUAGAAACUUUAGCUGAAGUCGUGUGAAGAGUUGUUAUCAAACACCUGUUUUUAGUCACUGUGAGCAAGAAUUCAACCCUAACGAGGUUCUCCACUGAGUUUUGACGGUUUUUAGCAUCUUAUCUGGACUGUAAGCUGCUGAGAUGAGCUGAUUUAACUUUUAAAAUCUGAGUUUAGCCAUCUGGAAAUGAUAGAAAUCAUAAAAAGCAUUUAAAUUUUAUUCCACUCUUUCUUCGUCUUCGUAAUAUGCCCCAAGUUUGGAGUCAUUUUGGACAAUUUCUGUCAUUUUGGCAAAAUUUUUGAGUAAUAAAAAAUUUUUGUAAUUUUGGCAAAAUUUUAAGUUGUUUUAGGCAAUAUUUGAGUCAUUUUAUACAAGUCAGUCAUUUUGGAGGUCUUUGCAGUUUGCCAUCAAUUGGUUUUACUCUUUGCAGCAGCAGAUUUCUCUCUUUACUUCCUAUAAAAUUUUUGAGUCAUUUUGGAAAAAUGUAUAAAUUUUAGCUAAAUGUUGCAUUAUAUUGGAGACAUUUGGAGUAUUUUUGGACACAUUUCAAGUACUUUGGGGACAAUUUCGAGUUCUUCUGAAAAAUGUCAUUUUGGCCAAAUUUUUGAGUAAUAAUGAAUUUUUGUAAUUUUGCCAAAGUUUUAGUUUGUUUUAGGGAAUAUUUGAGCCAUUUUAUACAAGUUAGUCAUUUUGGAGGUCUUUGCAGUUUGCCAUCAAUUGGUUUUACUCUUUGCAACAACAGAUUUCUCUUUGCUCUGCUUUCUAUAAAAUUUUUAAGCCAAUUUGCCAAUUUGACAUUCUAGCAAAAUUUUGCUUCAUUUUGGAGACAUUUGGAGUCUUUUUGGGCACAUUUUAAGUAAUUUGGUGGCAAUUUUUGAGACAUUUAGCAAAAAUUUUGUCAUUUUAGCAAAAUUUUGCAUUAUUCUAGAGACAUACUGAGUCUUUUUGGACACAUUUCAAUUAUUUCAAGAGCCAGUUUUUCAGUUAUUUCGAAAAAAUUUCACCAUUUUGGAUAAAUCUUUAAUAAUUCGCAACAUUUUUUUUUCACUUUUUGCCAAAGUUUCAAGUUAAUUCAGAGUUAAUUAUGAGUAAAUUUGCAAAGUUUCUGUAAUUUUGUCAAAAUUUUGCAUUGCUCUAGAGACAUACUGAGUGUUUUAGGACACAUUUUCAAUCAUUUGGGACCAAUUUGUACGGUAAAUUUUCAUCUCUGAUUGAUUUAGAAUAAUUCUCAACACUUUUGGUCACUUUUUGCCAAAGUUUCAAGUUCAUUCUGACAAUUUUCAAGUCAUUUUGCCAAAAUUUUGUUCAUGUUUGAUAUUAGUAAGUGUAGUAUUUUACAUUUUUCAUCAUUUCAAGUUAUUUUAGAGACAUGUUGAGUCUUUUUGGACACAGUUCAAGUCAUUUAGGAGCCAAUUUGUCACCAUUUCGUAUAAAUCUUUAAUAAUUUUGAACAAUUAUCAGCUUUUGCCAAGUUUAGCAAAAUUUCACAUUAUUCUGGAGACAUUUUGAGUCUUUUAGGACACGUUUUAAAUCGUUUGGGGCCAAUUUGUAAGUUAAAUUUUCAUCUUGGAUCCAUUUAGAGUAACUGAACAAUUUUGCUCACUUUUUGCCAAAAUUUCAAGUUCCAACGGACAAAUUCUGAGUAAAUUUUCAGUUUUUGUCAGUGGAAACGCGAUGCUGAACCAGUGGAUGAACCUCCAGAUCUCCAGGUUUCAGAUCACCAGCUGCUCCAGGAGCUCCAGCCGCCUCCCGUCACAUCAGGUGUCGCUCUCAGGUACGACGUUAGCACGAGACGAGCCUCCUUUAAUCUCCUGAAGCAUGACUAAACAACCCAGGUAGCAUCGCAGACUUUACUGCUAAUCAACGUUAGCCGUCGUAGCUUCUUUAGCGGUCGUUUUACUUUUACUGGACUCAGAUCCUGAAGGACGUCGGGGACGAUCGCACAUCCGAGGGUUCCUUUAUUCUAUUAAACUAUUUCUAUGUUUCUCUAGGAAGACAUCCACCAUCGAGCAUGAGCUGCAUGCACUUUACUGGUUCGUUUACAGACUGAUUUACUGUCACACUAAAGGGACGAGUGCAUGAGAAGCUUGAAACUUAAAAAACAUAAAUCUGAACCACGUUUGAUCCCAAUCUGGUGAAUUUAUGGGUUCACGUCUAGUUACUGUUUCCUAAAGCAGGAGACCUCGGCAGACAUAUCAGAGUAUAACUCUCUAGAGAUUUAUAUUUAUACAACAAGCAACACAAUAAUAAGAAUAAAACAGAGGCUGCCUUUGUAAAUGCCAGGAAAUCUUUGUACAUUUAACAAACUCCUUUUUUGUUUGUUGUUUUUAAUGCAGAAUGAUCCCCGGUCUGGGGUUUUAUAAUUCCUGUCUCAUGUGGUACUGCGUCGUUCUAUUAAUUUAUUCUGUAAAUGUUUGUUUUGUAACCAUGUUAUUGACUGUAAUGGUACAAGUGUUUGUGCCCUCAUCGCAUUGCAACUCAUUUCAAAUAAAAACGGAGAUACGUGA